AUGGCUGAACGCCUACGGUUCCCGGCUGCCGAUGCGGCUAAGCUCGAAGCACAGCUGCCCUCGAAGCAGGCAAUCGCACUAGCGACAUCAGAAUCACGGCCCUUCGUGACGCUCACCUUUGCCACGUCACUCGACUCGUCGCUGUCGCUGGCACCGGGCACGCGCACGCGGCUUUCAGGGUCCGAGUCCAAAGCCAUGACGCACUACCUGCGCAGCCGCCACGAUGCCAUCUGCGUGGGUGUCGGCACCGUCGUCGCCGAUGACCCGGCGCUCAACUGCCGCAUCGAGGGCGUCGGCCUCAAGAAGCAGCCGCGUCCUAUCAUUAUCGACCCGAGCUGCCGGUGGGAGGUGUCAGCGCGGAGCAAGGUGCUCGAGGUCGCGCGGGCGGGCCUGGGACUCGCGCCGUACGUCAUCACCUCCAGAUGGGAUGUCGACCCUGCGAGACGGGGGUUGCUCGAGCAGCACGGCGGCAAGUUCAUUACGGUGCAGAUGGACGCGGCGGGCAGCGGUCGGUUCGCGUGGCGGGACAUCCUGGCGGCGCUACACCGCGAGGGCCUAGGCAGCGUCAUGAUUGAGGGCGGCGGCCAGGUCAUCAACUCGCUGUUAGCACCUACCAGUCACGAUUUGGUCGACUCUGUCAUUGUAACCAUCGCGCCGACGUGGUUGGGCCAGGGAGGUGUAGUAGUCUCUCCUGAGCGCGUCGAGCAGAAUGGCACUGCCAUUUCGGCGGCGAGACUGUCUCACGUCUCAUGGCAUCCUUUUGGAGAGGAUGUAGUGCUGUGCGGAAGGCUCGGACCUCAGCAGUAG